CGUUUCCCCUUUGGCCAACGCCGUUCGCGGCGGCGCCAACGACGCCCAAAACCCUUUGCAGUUUGCAGCCGGCGAAGCGCCGCCGCCAUCGGAAAAAAAAUGCCGCCCAAGCCAGAGCGGCGGCUGUUCCAGUACGUGAGCAAGCCGCGCAGGCCGGCGCGGGAGCCUGCGCCGGCGCCCGAGGUCUGCGGCGGCGGCGGCGAAGAGGUGGUCGCGUCCGACGCGGAUGCCGACGCCGUGUACCGGAUGGUCACGGCGGCGCCCACGCCGUCGGCGAUGGAGUCCGCGCUGUCCGCGUCGGGCGUCGCGAUCUCCGCGCCGCUCCUCGACCUCGUGCUGCGGAGGUUCCGGUUCGCGCACGGGGACCCGCUCCGCGCGCUGUCGCUCCUCUCCCUCGCGCUCGACCGCCACGGCGUCGCCCCGUCCCCCUUCGCGCUCGACACCGCGCUCUACGUGCUCGGCCGGGCGCGCCGGUUCGCGCACAUGUGGGACCUGCUGCGAUCCUCCCGCCGCCUCGUCCCGGACGCCGUCACGCCGCGCACCGCCAUGGUCGUCCUCGGCCGCGUCGCCAAGGUCUGCUCCGUCCGCGAGACCGUCGACUCCUUCCGCCGCCUCUCGCGGAUGUUGAGGGGCCGCGGGGACGACCAGGAGGGCCAACUCUUCAACGCGCUGCUCCGCACGCUGUGCCAGGAGAAGAGCAUGUCCGACGCGCGCAACGUCUACCACGCGCUCAAGUACGAGUUCAAGGUGAACCGCCAGACAUUCAACAUCCUGCUCUCCGGGUGGAAGUCAGCCGAGGACGCGGAGGCGUUCGUCGCCGAGAUGCGGGAGCUCGGCGUGGAGCCAGACCUGGUGACUUACAACAGUUUGAUUGAUUGUCACUGCAAGAACCGGGGCGUGGAGAAUGCCUACAAGCUGCUCGACGAAAUGCGGGAGAAGGACAUUUCUCCCGAUGUGAUCACUUACACGAGCUUGAUCGGCGGGCUGGGGUUGAUUGGCCAGCCAGACAAGGCAAAGCACUUGCUGAAGGAGAUGCAUGAGCUUGGAUGCUACCCCGAUGUACCUGCAUACAACACGGCGAUACGGAACUUUGUGAUAGCAAAGAGGCUUGGUGAUGCGUUUGCAUUGAUGGAAGAAAUGGCCUCGAAGGGACUCAUGCCAAAUGCCACAACCUAUAACCUUUUCUUCCGUUGCUAUUAUUGGGCAUACGACAUUGGCAGUGCUUGGCAGUUGUAUGAGCGGAUGCGUUCUGAAGGAUGCUUCCCGAACACCCAGUCUUGCAUGUUUAUUGUGAGGUUAUGUCAUAGGCAUGGGAGGGUUGCACAAGCACUAGAGCUGUGGAGUGAUAUGGUCAAUAAUGGGUUUGGGUCAUUCACCUUGGUGUCUGAUGUGUUGUUUGAUCUGUUAUGUGAUGAAGGGAAGCUGGAUGAGGCUGAGAGGUGCUUCCAUCAAAUGAUUGAGUUAGGGCAGAAGCCGAGCAAUGUUGCAUUUAGAAGGAUAAAGAUACUCAUGCAGCUUGCCAACCGUGAAGAAUCUAUUGCCAGAUUAACUGCUCAAAUGGCACAGUUUGGACGGUUGGCGCCUGAGGAUUGCCGAAGAGUUGAUCAUACCUUGCAGAGCACACAUCAAAGUAGUGAUAGAACUGACACUGACACUAUAGUGAAACACAGCAACACAUUUGAAUCACGACGAUGAUAAAUUGGGGAAGAUAACUUGGUUGGACAGGGAAAUAACUGAAAAAGAGAGUUCUGUACUUCGAUAUGUUGUUCAAGGUAUGAAGUUCUGCAUGUGAUCUAUAGAUGGCCAACCAUAUUAUUUUCAAUAUCAAUAGAAUAUGUUUCUGCAAGUUCUACUGUGGAAGACCAUUCUAGCAUUGCCUUCUGUGCUGAGAGAAAUGCUAUUCCAGCAUCAUUGUUAUCUGCAAGCUGAAUGCCUGGAUGUAAAAUCACAACUACUGUGUAGAGACACUUCAACAUUUUUGUAACCUGUGGUGUUUGUGUGAAUGACCAUAGAGAAGUCAUGCCUGACUCUUCCCCAGCUGGUUUAUCCUCUGAGUCUCUGAUAGAGAAUAUAUAUUGAAGCAUGAUUGCGAGAUUCAUCUUA